AUGCCCAAGUCAAAACGCGCCAAGGUCUACCACCUCACCCAGGUGACCAAGAAGACCCGCGAGCAAAAGGACAAGCUGUUUUCCAAUAUUCGGGAAUGUAUCCCACAGUACCAGCACUGCUUUGCAUUUAGCAUUGACAAUAUGAGGAACAACUACCUCAAGGAAGUCCGCCAUGAACUGUCCGACUGCCGCAUCUUCUUCGGCAAAACCAAACUCACCGCCCGCGCCCUAGGCAGCACCCCCGAAGAAUCCCAAGCCGACGGCCUCCACCACCUCACCCGCUACCUAACCGGCUCCGUCGGCCUCCUCUUCACCAACCGUUCCCCCGCCACCAUCGAGUCCUAUUUCGCCUCCCUCACCCACGUCGAUUUCGCGCGCGCCGGCACCGUCUCCCCGCGCACCAUCACCAUCCCCCCGGGCAUCGUCUACUCCACCGCGGGCGAAGUCCCCCCCGAACAUGACGUUCCGGUCUCGCACACGCUGGACCCGGAACUACGCCGGUUGGGGGUGCCGACGAGGAUGGUGAAGGGGAAAGUUUGUUUGGGGGGGGAUGAGACCGGGGAGGGGAGUGUGGCGGGGUAUACGAUUUGUAGGGAGGGGGAGGUGUUGGAUUCGAGGCAGACGAGGUUGUUGAAGUUGUUUAGUAUUUGUUUGAGUGAGUUUAGGGUGGGGUUGUUGGCGUAUUGGAGUGCGGCGUCCGGGGAGGUGACGGAGUUGGAGGGGGCGAAGGAACGGGAGGCUGCUUUGGCGUUGCAGCAGGGGCAGCAGGGGCAAAAGAAGAGGAAGAGUGCUGGUGGUGAGGAGGAGGAGGAAGAUGAUGAAGAGGAGGACGAUGAAUAA